CGCAUGCGUCAAAUUGAAUAAGUGGCGGGGACGCGACAACAGUUGAAGUGUGAUAGUGCUUGCCAACAAUUAGCGUUUAAGUUUUAAAAUGGUUGAAGGUCCUGGGUGUACAUUAAACGGCGAGAAGAUACGUUCGAGGAUCCAGAAAGGACAAAGAGUGAAAGAGAUGCGGGGCAAUAUGUUCACAACGAAGGGAGUCGAGCAGGAAAGAAACAACGCCAUCCAAAGGCUGAAAGGGUCUCAAUACACCGGCGUAGAUACCCUGGGGAAAGAGCUAUUGUAUUUUGGCUCUAAUGCGUUGAGAGUACACUUUGGCAUGAACGGCUCUAUGCGAAUCAACACCCCAGAGAGGAACCAUGGCGGUGGCAGAGGGAGCUCCGUCCCUGUGCUUGAAAUCCACCUGGCCAACGACAUUGUACGCUUCUUCGACAGCACGGUGGAAUUGAGGUUGAGUGACGACUGUAAUCAGCGUGUGCGAGCCCUUCAGUCCUUGGACGUGUGUUCGCCGGCAUUCAUCCACUCACGCUCAGCCGAAGCAGUGAGACGCCAUCUUGGCAGGAUGCUCUGUGACGUCCUUCUCGACCAGGCCGUCAUGCCGGGGGUGGGCAACAUCAUUAAAAACGAAGCUCUUUUCGACGCGGGCCUACACCCGGCUGUGAAGGUGGAGCAGCUGUCGGACGAGCAGCUUCACCAUUUGGUAAAGAUGACGCGCGAUUUCACUCUUCUCUUUUACAAGUGUCGCAAGUCUGGCUCUGCGCUAUGCACACACUACAAAGUCUACAAGCGUUCCCGGUGCGGCCGCUGCUCCGGCACCAUCACUGUCUGUCGUCUCGGUGACAAUGCCAGGAUGACGUACUUCUGUGACCGCUGUCAAGGGCGUGACACCGGCAGCAUUCACAUCAGUCAACUUCCUGUCAGGAACACCCUGAUUGCCUGGGCAAGCAGUGGGGGAGCAGCCAAUGAGAAUGUGGCAAAGAGGGAGGAAGAGGACUGGGCGUGUCACCUAUGCACCCUCCUCAACCAGUCUGCUGCCAAAAGCUGUGACGCCUGCCUCACGCCCAGAGCUCCGGUCCACAAAGAGGGCACCUCCGCGCCCUCCUCCACCGAUCUGGUGCGGUAUCCCUGCACUGCCUUCACAAAACCCCAAGAGGAGCGCAAACUGAACUGGCGCUCCGCUUUCGGGACAGCCACCUUGCUUUUCUCCGACUUGAGCAAGGCGUCUGAGCUGUCUCGUGGGGGAACGCUGGCCUCAUCCAGUCAGCCGUGCAAGAAAAUGAGAAUUGAUGCUGGUCCCUCUAACAAGAUGGGUGCACACACAACUGCAGAGAUGGAACGGGGCCAGUCCAGCCCAUCCGUCCCCCCCUUGUGUGCAUCCCACGGUCGCCCAACUCUCCUGCGAGUGGUCCACAAGGACGGUGAGAAUAAAGGACGACUGUUUUACACCUGUUCACAGCCCCGGGAGGCAAAGUGCAACUUCUUUGAGUGGGCUGACUUACACUUUCCCUCCUGUCACCAUGGAAAGCGGUGCGUGAUGAGGACUGUGCUCAAGCUGGGCCCCAACAACGGCCGCAAUUUCUACACUUGCGGCUUCCGAAAGGGUAAACAGUGCGAUUAUUUCCAGUGGGCGGAGGGCGGACCUGGCGUUUCUAUCCUGCCAGGCUGUUAGUGUCAAUUUAGGACCAAAAUGAGGUUUGAAUGACGAAAACCCCCACAUUCAAGUUCUCAUACAAGACUUUAAAAAUGGAAUCUAUGGAUAAUACUGCAUUUAACUUAUUCCUGUCAAUCAUGGGUGGUGUGUAUUGUGUAUAUUUCAUCUGUCUAUUAUGAGUUAUAAAGUUUUUACAUAUAAAUAUAUAUUAAAGACACCAAACAAAGUCUUA